AUUGUCACACCAAAGUACGAUGGUCAUGCCAAAUGCCAAUUAUCAAGCUAAAGUCCGAUGGAGACGGACUAACAACAUAUAUGCCGUCAUAUUACAUUAAGUCCAUGUUGUAUGAUGGAAUCCUAGAGGUGGUGGGGAAGAAUUGUCACAGACUUCAGACCCUCGUCAUGGACAGUUCCUUACUCACUGACCGGGGGCUCCUACAGAUCGCACAGGGCUGUCCUGAUCUGAGGAAGAUAAACUUAUCACUUUGUGGGGCCUUCGUCACAGAUAACGGUGUCCUGGCCAUCACCGAUAAUUGUCCGAGGCUGAAAGAGGUCAUGCUGGGUUAUCUUUCUAAGGUGACAGACACUUCCUGUGUCAGGUUGUGUGAGAUGUGUCCUGACCUUGAGGUUGUGUCCUUGGUGUCAUCUGGGGUCGGGCAGAAGGGAGUCCAAGCUCUCACAAAGCUCCGAAAGCUUAAGGUCCUUGACAUCUCCAGCCUUCUUGGCAUCUCGCCAGCAGAUGUCGCCUCCCUGACCCACUAUUGCCCGGACCUUGAGGAGAUGAACGUAUCCAGGAACCCACAGAUAGAUGACGCGUGUCUGCUGCAGGUUGUUAAGUAUGGACACAAGCUCCACCUAUUGAAGUGUGCGACCUGUCACGUCACUGACCAUUUUAUGAGUGAAGUCGGAAAGCUCACAAACACCCUGAAGAACUUGGACAUUGGGUGGUGCCAAGUGACCGACGACGGAAUCCGCACGCUGUCCGCCACCUGUCAGUCCCUGCGGUACCUCGGUCUGAUUCAAUGUAGUGCUGUCACCGCAGCGACAAUGGAGGAACUCAUGGCGAAAUAUCCACAGAUCAAGUACCGUUUUCCGGACAUUGAACGACCUGUUUUUUAUAAUGAGCCUACAACUGCAUUUCCUUAUGCAUUUUGCAAGUACAAUGUGAAGUAAUGCAUUGCAUUUGCCAUUACUUCAUAAAUUUGGGUAUUUAAUUACCAUUACUUGAUUUUCUUGAAGUAAUGCAUUACAUCACCAUUACAUGAGUAAAGUAAUGCAUAAAUAUACCAUUACCAUUACUUUGUUUUAAAAAAGUAAAGCUAAUAAAGAGUUUUUGCAAAUGUUUCAAAUAUAAAACACUCUUUAACAUAUUCACAGGUUUAUGGUUCAGUAUCAGGUUCAAAUUCAAUGACUAUACAAGUUUCAUUCUUUAUUUGCUCAAUAUAUAUAAUCAUCUUGUGGCAAUUAGGAACAACAUUUUACAUAGGUAAAAAAUAUCUAUAGACAUUUGGCAUGACACAAUGUCUGAUAUAAAAUAGAGACACAGAAUUAUAUGCAUAACAGAAAACAAUUUAUGGAAAAAUGUUGCAGUUUCCAAAAGCUAAAUAGAGAUAUUCCCCCAGAUCACAAUUUUUUUUUUAAUUUUGGACACUUAUCUAUAUUAAUUAAUUUAUAAACAGGGGUUUUUCCCCAGUUAUAUUUCUUAUAUAUUUUAAUCGGAUUUCUCUAUACUGAGGACACCUGAAGACAAAAUAUUGCUGUUGCACUUCAUGAUCAAAGUUUCGAAGGGUUCAUCUUUUAACUGCAUCCAUUAGUUUGAAAAUAUUCCCAGCUAUACUAAAUAAAUAUAUUACAGGAGCAGUGAAAGCUGGGACUGAAAGAUAUUUUGGCAAUCUUUAUCUUAGGAUAUUAAGUGCAAUGAUAGAAAAAAUACAUGAAUCUUGUAUUUUCUAUCAGCUCAAACUAAUAUAAUAUACUUAAUAUACAACAGAGAGAGAGAGAGAGAGAGAGAGAGAGAGAGAGAGAGUAAAAUUAUUUUCAAAUGGGUUAUAAUUUUGGAAGUGAUUUUGGUUUUCAUCAUGGAUGGACAUGCAGUGCAUUCGUUUUGCUUCUGUCCUCUAUUCUGUUGGGAUAUAGCCAAGGAAGGGGAUUGGGGAAUUUAGCACUUCUUAUAACAAUAGAUUGUUUUGAUACUUAGAUGAUCUUGGGGGCAUAGUGUGUUAUUGACACAUUCUUUAUUGAAGUGCAAACUAAUUGGAGUAAAUUGUUCAAAUGAUUUUAAAACUCUUGAUAACAACACUUUUAAAAAUGUUAUGAAAUAGUGUUAUUAUAUCUAGUUAUUUUAACAAUUUAAAAAUGAAUUUUAAAAAUCUUUUUAAAUAAUACAACAAA